AUGUGGUGUAGACUGAUCGUGCUCUUUUUCAUUUUCUGCUGUUCGAUCGAGGCACUCGGCUUCGACGACGUCGUCAGCGUCGAGUCGCUUCGUCGGGACGUCCGUGAACCAUUACCGUUCGCCACGGAAGUCGAAGACCUGCUGGGCCAAGGAAAUUCACCGGCGAACGAUCGCGCCUCUAAAAAGGAUAUGAAAAAUGUAUCUGGCAAGUCGGACGAAGGAGGAUACUACAAGACGUACGGCAGCGACGCCGAGGGUGAAAAGGGUUACUUGAAGGCAACCUUUAGUAAGGGCAAUCACGGAUACAAGAACCUCGACACCUUCCACAAGCAGGAUGGCGACAAGUACGCAUUCGAGAAGCACAUUGCCUACGGCAAAGCGCAGGCUGACAAGAAAAGUGGCCACAACGUGGCUGCAGCGUCUCGUUCCAGCAAGGGUGGCGACUACGAGGGUGCAGGUACCAUCGUGGAUUCUCACUAUACAGCCGACGAAGGGGAUCAUGGAGAUCACAGCGGCGAACACGUCGAAGGUGAUCACAGUGGUUAUAGCGAGGGUGCUCACUACACGGAUCAUGGACCAGAAUCCUCGAGUUACGGUCAUAGCGAGGGCUAUGCAACCAAAGACGGUGACCAUGGUUCUUACGAAAGCCACAGUUCCUACUCGAGAGACUACGGUGACGAACAAGGAGACCAGGGAGGUCAUUACUAUUAAUCCUUAGCCGACUGAGUUGCUUUCCACUUGUCUGCCGUUCUACUCGAAACCUUUAGACAAUGAAGCUAUCUUCCAGUCGUGACUGUAUUUCGAGCUUCUUUGAAAGAUUUGCAACCUGGGAAGGUACGAUGCAGGUUGAUUUUCUGGUGUUUCUGUACACUCGAUAAAGCUUAUCCUAGUUAGUGUGGUUAUCGGCUUGAAAGAACGCAUUGGUACCAUUUCUGAACAUAGAUUGCUCGUAAAUUAGAAGGGUAAUGGUUGUAAACUGAACGUUCUUUGAACACGUUCAUGGGUUGA